AUGAAUCAAGGAUAUGGCCAAGCGCGAGAGGCGCAUAUAUCACCAGGAAGCAUCACCUGCAACGAUGGAAAGAUACGAGCCUUGAUACAAACCAGUGAUGGAGAAAGACAUUAUUUCUCCGGUACUAUCAACACUGAACUGGAUCUUAUUGUCAAUAAUGCCCACGUGGAAUACUUCGAUCUCGCCGAGGACAAACCACACUGCCAAGAGUUCAAGGCAUUGAUUGGUCCGAUUUACGCCAACUACUGGUGGCAAGGAGGAGCUAUUCAUUUCUCUGGAAGAUUACUUCACUGCAUCGGUGAGACAAUCGAAGCCACUGGAGAAGGGUGGUGGGGUGACAUUGAUGAUAUGGAGUAUGAGGCGAAUGGAGAAGAGCGUUAUAGCGAGGAGAGUGAUGAUCCGAAAGCAUGA